AUGGGAUUUUUCUUCCCUUUUCUUUCUCUUGCUCGGUUUCCACCAUCUUUGUUCACGUGGUUGGAAGGUCAGUGCAAUAAUGUGUUGAUUUUGAACGUUUCCACCAUUCUGUUUCAACUGAUAUUAACUAACGGUAACUUUAAAUUACAGAGGACCGUGAAAAUGGUAAAUACAACUGGAAUUAGGCGCGGUACGCGCUACAUGUUCUCGCGGGAUUUUAGGAAACGUGGUAAGUUUUUUAAGAAGAAAGCACUUUUAAUUGUAUUAUUAGGAAUUUCUCGUUUAUUAUCGGAUUGUUUUACCAACUUACUGCCUUGAGGACACAUUUGAGUCAUGUUCGAAGCCUCGCGAAUCCAUACAUUUGACGAAUUCGAUAUUCUUUGAAGAAUUCAUAUUUAGAUAAAGUUACGUAUGUUUCCUUUGAAGUUUCAGUCCAGUUUGUUAAUUAGCGUGCGUUCAUAUGAGUAGAAGUAUCUGAUUUGACUGUUCAAAUGGACAUUAACAGAAUUGGAUUCUAGUUGUAUGAGUCGAUCGAAAGGCGACUCGGCAGUCGACUUACAGAUUUGCCUUUCCUAUAUUUUUUAGCCGAUGACUUCCAACUUUUGUUUUCGAGAGUUAUUUUUCAAUUCUGUGUUGUAGACUUAAAGCAAUAGGCUAACCAUAUCCUAUAAAGUCUGUUGAAAUUAAUAAAUUCUUAUACAUACAUCGUUGGGAGUAUCUCAUUUUCAGAAAUUAUUUGCAGUCAGCCACUGAUGCUUCAUCAGUAUUUUUUAUUAUGCCAAGGGUGAGGGAACAUUUGUUAAUGAUAGGCAAUCGUUGAAGUUUACUCUCACAUGGGAAGGUAAAGUUUUGGAAUCAGGCAACAUAUAAAUGAAUCAUUGAAGAACAAUUUUUAAGUUCAAUGUUUUUUUUCAGGUGUCAUUCAUCUCUCCACCUACCUAAAAAGCUACAAAGUUGGUGACAUUGUAGACAUCAAGGUAUGAUAUAACAAAAAUUAAUACAAGGUGCGCUUUGUGUAUGGCAAGGUGUCUUUUGUAUUCUUAUCUUCUUGAAUGGUUUUUGGGAUUUCCAACUCAUUAACCCUUUAACUUCCAGAAGUGAUUAACAAGUAACUUCUCCCUACAAUACCCAUGCACUUUCCAGCAAACAGUUAAUGAGACUACUCAAAUGUAUCAGGUAGAAGUUGUUAUCUGGAUCUAACACCAAAUUCUCAUAAGUUAUUUACAAGGAAAUGUGUUACAGCUAGAGGGGAGAAUUAACAAUUGGAUAUUGGGAGUUAAAGGGUUAAAGCAUUGACCCUUAUUAGUGACUAGAAUCUAAUUUCUUGUAAUAAGUCACCCUUUAUUCAAAACUUUUGGUCACAGUAAUAAAAGAAAUAAUCACCAACUGAGGAAGCUCUUGGUUAUUAAACAAAUCCUCCUUAUCAGCACCUUAGGAAAUGUUAAGAGAGCAGUGUGGAGAAUAUGCAUACUGAUGUAGGAGUAUUGAGGGUUAUUAAGCCUGCUGUUUAUAUUUCUAUUCAAGGUUAAUGGUGCUGUUCAUAAAGGCAUGCCAUACAAGGUCUAUCAUGGAAAAACAGGGCGUAUUUUUAAUGUCACAAAGCGUGCUGUUGGAGUAGUUGUCAACAAGCAAGUGAAGUAAGUGAACUUUAACACUGAAGCCAAGUGAGUUUCCUAGAGUUCUUUCAGAAAUGAUACACAGCCUUAUUCAUUUUCCUUUUCAGACAGAAGGCUGCAAGAUGUUGUCUUUUCCUUAAAAAAAUAAUUUUAUCAUUCAUUGAAGCCUUAGUUUUUUUUUGUUCACUUGCAGUCCUUGUGCUAGCAGUACUUGUGCUUGGCUGGCAGUUUUAUUUGUUAUUUAAAGUACAGCAUCACUUGCUCUUUAAACAUUUCGAACCUUUAUGAUUAUUAUCUGCAAUAGUUUGUACUAAUAAAAAUGUUAAGUUCUGAUAUAUAGGUAAAUAACUUGAAAAUUAGUUUUUCAAGCCUUUCAGUUUGCUUUUGUGUAACAAUCCUCUUCUCAGAUCACAGUUUUGGGCAAAGUGUUGUGCAAGCAUUUAAGAGAGAUCAGAGCUUAACUAAAACUUGAUAAUAUCGUUGUUUAUGUGUAUUGUUUCUCUCUUCUAUCAGAGGAAAAAUCUUGCCAAAGAGAAUCAACAUUCGUGUUGAACACAUCAAGCACUCCAAAUGUCGAGAUGACUUCUUGAGGUAACAAUAAAAUUUCUGUACUGCACAUAUAUAUAUUGCAAUAAUCAAUAUUCUAGAGAUUGUAAUAGAAUACUGAACACCCUACUGGCUUAUUGAAUCACAUUUUGAUAUUAAUUUACAGGUGCGAAGAAGAAAUACAAGGCAAACAUAAGAAUUUGCCUUAUUUUUUAUAGCUAUUUUAACAGUGGUUGUUGUGUUCUUCAGGCGUGUGAAGGAAAAUGAACAGAAGAAGAAGGAGGCCAAAGAAAGUGGUGGAGGAAAGGUUGAUUGCAAAAGAAAGGUAAUUUAUAAAGUUGUUUCCAGCUUUGGGGUAGUGAUGUAUACUAGAUUACAAAUUAUGUGUACAUAUCUGUAGAAGUGAAAGGUAGUUAAAGUCUGUACUUGAAUCAAGAGGCCCAUCCAGCUGAAGCUCAUCCUGGAUUAUAUUAUGAAGCGAAUGGAAAUAUUACCAUUCCCCCAUGGAUGGGAGGCCAGUUGAUGGCAAGGUUACCCCCCAGUAUUUCAUCAGGCUUCCCUGGCAAUUUGUUGGUACCCAUUUAUGCUCCUGAAUGGAGAAUGGAACUGUGAAAGUGUAGAGUUUUGUCCAAGAACACAACACACUGAGUCAGCCAGAUCUUGAACCCCUUCCCUUGCACCCAAAACCCAGCUCAACCAUUAGGCCACAGCAUCUCCCAUCAUUUCUCAAAAGAGCAUGGAAUUUAGAUGCGAUGUGACUCUGAACUCUAACAGGUAUAGAAGGAAUUUUUCCUCUUUAUCAACAAUGAUCAUAAUAUUUUGUUUUCUAUCUGUUACAGCCGGCUGUACCCCGAACUGCACACUUUGUGCGAACCAAGAGAAACACACCAGAAACCUUGGAGCCAAUCCCAUACGAGUUUGUUGUGUGA